UCAAUGAUCAAGCAAAUUUGUCCAUGAAUUUGAGGAUGGAUGUUAGAUUCUGGCAGGUCAAAAAGUGGAUACGCCACAUUCGUUCUUUCCUAGCAGGAGCCCGUGGACAUACACCGACCAUACUUUGGGAUGAGCUAAUGAAUAUCCGCCUGCAGUCGUGGCAAGUUAGUUUAGAACAUCCUGCUAAAGACGAUCCCCUCGGGCUACUAGGUUUCUUUGUACAGUAGGCAGAGACUAUUCGUUAUGGCCAGGUACCAGUUAUGGCAGAGACAGGGGCUUCUAACAAUACAAUAUAACAUUACGUUCUUUGUUUCGUCGUCGUUCUACGUGCAACACUCAACAACUUCCAACCAUGCUACCUUUACCAGUCUCCCAGCCUCAACAAAGAUCUUUUCAUAACAAGAUAGUGGCUCGGGACGGAAGUAUCCUACCCGGUUUGCAGUCCCGAGCACGGAUCACCAACCUUAGCCUCAUUUUACUUUCCUCCCUCGCUUUCUUCUCGGUUGUUCUCAAUAUGAAUGUCUGGAUAAGCAGAUUACCUGGACCGCCCAACAGCAUACUUUCUACACUCAACAGCGAUAGAAACUUCGAUAAUUUUGAUCACCUUAUCAUAGUACCAGGGCAUGCAAUCUGGAAUGGUGCUUCUGCUAAACACAGGCUAGAUGAGAAUCUUUGGACACUGGAGCCCUAUCAGAAGAACAGCGGCAGAGUAGAGGCGUUCUACCAGCACAUUUCUUACGCUGCACAACUGGCCCUUCAAGAUAAGCGUGCCGUUGUGGUUUUCAGCGGGGGUCAGACCCGUCAACAAACCACCACAACGGAAGCAGAAUCUUAUCACAGGUUGGCAAUGCAAGCCAACCUUCUACCGCCCGAUUUCAUGCGCGCAACAACGGAGAAUUACGCUCUUGAUUCCUACCAAAACCUGCUAUUUUCCAUUGCCCGCUUCCACGAAUACACUGGAGUGUAUCCCGCAAAGAUCACUGUCAUUGGCUAUGAGAUGAAAAGGAAGAGGUUUAUUGACCUACACCGUGAAGCAGUCCGUUGGUCAAAUCAUCGGUUUGAGUACAUUGGGAUAGACAACAGUAAUCAUCAGGAAAACGUUAUCGCUCAAGAAGGAGAGAUGAGAACAUAUACUGAAACUUCAAAUGAUAUGUAUCACUGUCAUUCCAAGUUGCUCCAAAAGCGGAUGACAAGAAAUCAUCAUCGUCGAUACCAUCCAUAUCAUACAUCGUCUCCGGAACUCAGUGAACUGUUGGAAUGGUGUCCUGCAGGAAGUACACUGUAUAAUGGGAUGCUACCUUGGACAAAGUAGACUCUAGUAGACUGCCUAGAACCAU